UGCUAUUGAGGCAAACUUGGAAGAGAAACCCACUUCAACUACCACUACCACUACCACUCAUAUAUUACUCACCACCUCCUACCACAAACUAGAUAGUCUUCUUCUUCCAUGGAAACCAAAGAUUACACACAAGAUGGGACCGUGGAUCUCCGCGGCCGUCCUGUUCUUGCCUCCAGAACUGGCAAAUGGAAAGCUUGUUCCUUUCUUGUUGGGUAUGAAGCAUUAGAGAGGAUGGCUUUCUAUGCAGUAAGUUCAAACUUGGUAAAUUACUUGACAACACAACUUCAUGAAGACAAUGUUUCUGCUGUCAGGAAUGUCAAUAACUGGUCAGGAUCAGUGUGGAUUACACCAAUUCUUGGUGCCUACAUAGCAGAUACUUACUUGGGUCGAUUUUGGACUUUCACUGUUUCAUCUCUAAUUUAUUCCAUGGGAAUGAUAAUGUUGACAAUGGCAGUGUCAUUCAAGUCAUUGAAGCCCAAGUGCACAAAUGGAAUAUGUAACAAGGCCUCUACUUCACAGAUUGCAUUCUUCUACUCAUCUCUCUACAUAAUAGCAAUAGGUUCAGGUGGGACAAAGCCCAACAUCUCAACAUUUGGUGCUGACCAAUUUGAUGAUUAUAACCCUCAAGAAAAACAGUUAAAAGUCUCAUUCUUCAACUGGUGGAUGUUCAGUACUUUCUUAGGAGCAUUAGUUGCCACACUUGGCCUCGUGUACAUCCAAGAAAACUUGGGUUGGGGAUUAGGAUAUGGAAUCCCUACUGUUGGUCUGCUUUUGUCUCUUAUAAUAUUCUAUAUAGGGACACCUAUUUACAGGCACAAAGUGAGCAAGGCAAGAAGCCCUGCAAGGGACUUAAUUAGAGUACCAACUGCUGCAUUCAUGAAUAGAAAGCAUCAGCUCCCUGAUAACCCUUCAGAACUUCAUGAGUAUGAGCCACAAUAUUACAUUAGCAGUGGCAAAAGGCAGGUCCUCCACACUCCAAUGUUCAGGUUCUUGGACAAGGCAGCAAUAAAAGAUAGUGCAGGACACUCAAACUCACUUUGUACAGUGACUCAAGUGGAAGGAACCAAACUUAUUUUUGGCAUGGUUAUGAUAUGGUUAGUGACCUUGAUACCUAGCACCAUAUGGGCACAAAUCAACACUCUAUUUGUCAAACAAGGCACCACAUUGGACAGAAAGCUUGGCCCUUCUUUCGAAAUCCCAGCAGCUUCACUUGGGAGCUUUGUCACGCUCUCAAUGCUUCUCUCUGUACCGAUGUACGAUCAAUACUUUGUGCCAUUCAUGCGUAAAAGAACAGGAAACCGAAGAGGAAUCACACUGCUUCAAAGGCUUGGAAUUGGGUUUUUAAUCCAAGUAUCUGCUAUUGCCAUUGCCUAUGCGGUAGAAGUCCGCCGAAUGCAUGUCAUAAAAGUACACCACAUUUUUGGGUUCAAAGAAGUAGUACCAAUGAGCAUAUUUUGGCUAUUGCCUCAAUAUGUUCUGUUGGGUGUUGCAGAUGUGUUCAAUGCCAUUGGUUUGCUGGAGUUCUUCUAUGAUCAGUCACCAGAGGACAUGCAAAGCCUUGGGACAACAUUCUUCACUAGUGGGAUUGGUGUUGGGAACUUCUUGAACAGCAUGUUAGUGACAGUGGUAGAUAAGAUUACAGGCAGAAAUGGAAGCAAGAGUUGGAUUGGAGACAACUUGAAUGACUGUCACUUGGACUACUAUUAUGGGUUCCUUUUGAUCAUAUCUCUUCUCAAUUUAGGAGCCUUUUUAUGGGCAUCAAGCAAGUACAUAUACAAGAGGGAGAUCAUGGAAGUGAAGGAUGAUUCUGAUCAAAUAGAGGGCAAAGCCAUCGGCACACCUUCUUUAGGAUUACAAGUUUGAAAGCUUUGUAUGUGAGAUGGUAGAUUUAGGUGGAAUAUAUGUGUUAGAAGCAUAUAUGAUGUGCUUUUUAAGGUAUUUGUGAAUUAUUGUGACCUUUAAUGAAUUAAUAUUAUUUGACUG